AUGAACAAACACCUCCUCCACAGAUUAUCUCCUGCACAAAUCCUCGGCCUCACUCGUAACUUGAUCCCUCCUCUUAGUGACUCUUUCUACAAGGGCCAGGCAGGACGUAUUGUAGUUGUGGGUGGCUGCGAAGAUUACACUGGUGCACCAUACUUUGCAGCCCUAGCAAGCACACUACUUGGAGCAGAUAUGUCUCACAUUAUCUGUGAACGCAAUGCCGCAACUGCAAUUAAAUCUUACUCUCCUAACCUUAUGGUCCAUCCAUAUCUUUUCGACUCUGCCUCCCAGAAACAAUAUGCAGCCUAUGGUGUCCCCACUGACCAGGAAUCUGUCAUCCAAAAAGUUCUCUCAGUAAUUGAUCGAGUCCAUGUAGUAGUUGUGGGACCUGGCCUUGGAAGAGAUAAGGUUCUUUUGGAAACAACUGCUCGCAUCAUCCAAGAAGUCAUCAAACGUUCAAAGCCAAUUGUCAUUGAUGCAGACGGCCUCUUCCUUAUCCAACAAAACCCUGACCUUAUCAAAGGCUACCAAAAUGCUAUUCUUACCCCCAACGUCAUUGAACUCCAAAGACUUCGUGAUGCAGUUGAUCUUCCACCUUACAUUGCCAAAGAUAAUGUUGACCACAUUCUCGAACUUCAAAAAUUGUCUGAGCUCUACGGAGAUAUUACAAUCCUUGAAAAGGGUAAGUCUGAUUUCAUUUCAAACGCAACAACAACCGUCGAAAACCCAACAGUUGGUGGUCUUAAGAGAGUAUCUGGCCAAGGUGAUACUCUAUCAGGUACAAUUUCUACUUUCCUUGCUUGGAAGGUUGCCUUUGAAUCUGAAGGUCUUUGGCCACACAAGCAACAACUUACAAUCACCAACCAAGGUGUGCCUAUCCCAUUGACCUCCAAGGACCUGUUUUUGCUGGCUGCCUUUGGUGCCUCCGCAAUCACCCGCUUAUCCUCUCACAAGGCCUUCAAGGCCCACGGCCGUGCCCUUGUUACCUCCCAAAUCAGUGACUUUAUCGGCGAGUCAUUCCAUGAGCUUUUUGAGACAGGCGACAAGCCUAACCCAAAUGUUUCCUUGUGA